CAUUUUACAUUUACAUUUUACAAGAACAAGAAAAGAAGAAAGAGAAGAGAAAAAAGAAGAAGAAUUACAACAUUUAACACUGUUAGAAAGAAGAAGAAAGAGAAGAGAAAAGAAGAAAAAGGAGAAGAAAGAGAAGAAUUACAACAUUUAACACGAUUUAAGAAAACAUUUAAGAAAGAAAUUUAUUACAACAUUUAAGAAAAAGAAAGAGAAGAGGAAGAAAAAGAAAAGAGAAGAAUAACAACGCAUUUAAAGUUCACAUUUUACAAGAAGAACGAGAAGAAAAAAACAAGGAGAAGAAGAAAGAGAAAAAAGCAGAAGAAUAACAUUUAACAUUUAUAUUUUACAAGAAGAAAAAACAGAAGAAGGUUAAAAUUUACAUUUCACAAGAAGAACAAACUGAAGAGGAAGAAGAAACAUCAGUGGAAGAAUAACCAGCGGUAGAAGAAGAUGAGACCCGCAGUCCUGUGCUCCUGCUGACCGAACACUCUCCAUCAUGGGCUCCAAAGACAAGAAAUCCAAAGACGAGGGCAAGAAGAAGAAGAAAGCGGAGAAGGAGGACUCUGAGCCAGAGGAGGAUGAUGAAGACUCGCGGAAGAAGAAGAAGAAGAAGAGCAAGAAGGGAAACGCAGACAGUGACGACGAUGGCAAGAAGAGCAAAGACAAGAAGAAGAAGAAGAAGAAGAGCAAGACGGAGGAUUACGUGGAGAUUUAUGAGAACGAGCUGAGGAACUACGAGCCCGAGAAGGUGGAGAACUAUGAGGACGAGUACCACAAGAAGAAAGUGUAUGAAGUGGUGACCAUCACUGGAGAUGUAAACGGAGCUGGAACAGAUGCUAAUGUGUUCGUGACGCUGUUCGGGGAUUACGGCAUCACUCCCAAACUACACCUGAGCAGCAAAAAUCGAACUUCCUUUGAGAAAAACAAAACUGAUGUCUUCCGGGUAAAAACACACAAUGUGGGCCCUCUAAAAAAAAUCAGGAUUGAGCAUGAUAACACGGGUCUGAACGCCAGCUGGUUUCUGGACCGGGUCGUGGUGACGGACAUGAACAGGCCUCAUCUACGCUUUUAUUUCGCCUGUAAUAACUGGCUGAGCAGAGAUGAAGGAGACGGGCUGUAUGUGCGAGACCUGCUGGGCAGUCUGGACCCCAUGGACAUGCCCAAAUAUAAUAAAUAUGUAGUGAGUGUGUUCACGGCUGAUGUGAAAGGCAGCGGGACUGAUGCAGACGUCUUCCUCAAUAUAUUCGGAGAAUUUGGUGAUACAGGAGAGAGACGACUAGACAAUGAUAAAAACAACUUUGAGCGAGGAACAGAAGACAAGUUCACCAUGGAGGCUCCAAACCUGGGCAAAAUCAGAAAAAUCACCAUCGGACACAAUAAUAGAGGCUCUUCAGCAGGAUGGUUUGUGGACAAGGUGAUAGUGGAUGAUUUGGGAAAUAAAGCCGUGUAUGAGUUUCCCAUCGGCCGCUGGUUUGCUCUGGAUGAGGAUGAUGGGAAGAUUCAGAGAGAUGUGCUGGUCGGAGGCAGUCAACCCACCGGGAUAGUGUAUAAUGUUCAGGUGGUGACGGGAAACGUCAGGGGUGCGGGGACGAACUCUAAGAUUCAGAUGGUGAUGCACGGAUCCAAAGGCAUGAAGAACAGCGGGAAAAUCUUCCUGGAGGGAGGACAGUUUGAGCGCGGCCUCACCGACAUCUUCAACGUGGAGAUCGCAGCGCUGCUCAGUCCACUCAGCCGAGUCACCAUUGGACACGAUAACGGAGGGGUCAGUCCUGGCUGGUACUGCGACAAGGUGGUGGUUUUCUGUCCGUUUACUGGUAUUGAACAGACGUUCCCCUGCUCUAAAUGGCUGGAUGAGGACGAAGGCGAUGGGAUUAUCGAGAGAGAACUAUACGAGAUGGUGUCGCUCCGACAGAAGAGGCAGAAGAAACAUCCAUGGUCGCUCUGGAUCUGGACGACGGAUCUUGCUGGAGCAGGAACAGACGCCUCCAUCCUUCUGCAGAUCUACGGAGAAAAGGGGAAAUCUGACGAGAUGAAGCUCGACAACAAAACGGACAACUUUGAGCAGGGCCAGCUGGACAAGUUCAUGGUCGAACUGCCGGAUUUGGGAAAACUGACCAAACUGCGUAUCUGGCAUGAGAAGAGGAAUCCGUUCGCCGGCUGGCAUCUGAGUCGAAUUUCCAUAAUGAAAACUCUCACAAAGGAGAAGUUUAAAUUCCCAUGUGAACGCUGGCUGGACACCAAUGAGGACGAUAAUGAGGUGGUGCGAGAGCUGCCGGCCACAGGAGAGCUGAUCGCUGAACCACUGCCUGUGGUGAAGUAUCGAGUGACCGUCUACACAGGGGAUGUGAGCGGCAGCGGGACGGAUGCGCAUGUGUUUCUGUGUCUGAUCGGGGAUCUGGGCGACACUGGUGACCGCAGCCUCAUCAACUGCAAGAACAACAUCAACAAGUUCGAGAGGGGAAAUGCUGAUGAGUUCAUCAUCGAGGCGGUCUCCAUCGGGCCGGUGCGCAGGGUUCGUAUCGGUCAUGACGGUCGGGGCGGAGGCUGUGGAUGGUAUCUGGAUAAAGUGACUAUCCGUGAAGAAGGACAGGCUGAAUCCCAGGCUGUGGAGUUCCCCUGCAGCAGAUGGUUCGACCGCAAUGAAGACGAUGGACAGAUAGUUCGAGAGCUGCAGCCGUUUGCAGAUGGACAGAGACUGUACAACGUCAGCUAUCACAUCGCGGUGAAAACAGGCAACGUCACCGGAGGAAGUUCAGACUCUAAAGUUUUCGUGAAGUUGUACGGAGAGAAAGGAGACACCAGUAAAAUGAUGCUCGCCGUCUCCGACAAUAAUCUGCGCAAUUACUUUGAAGUGGGACGAGUGGACAUCUUCACCCUGGACACUUUAGACAUCGGACAGAUCAACCGUCUCCUGAUCGGACACUCGAAUGAAGGCAUGCGCGCCGGCUGGUUUCUGGACAGCGUUCAGAUUGUGGUUCCUAAUCACGGAAAGCACUACAUGUUCCCUAGUCACCGCUGGCUGUGUGAGGAUGAGGCUGAUGGGAAGACGGAGGUGGAGAUUUACCCCAGCGAAACACUGGACUUUGAGCUAUUGAUAAACUAUGAGAUCACGGUGGUGACGGGAGAUAUUUUCGCCGGCGGCACAAAUGCCAACGUGUUCAUCCAAAUAUACGGAGAUCAAGGAAAGACGGAGGUGCUCGGACUCAGCAGCAGAUCCAAUAACUAUGAAAGAGGAACCACUGAGAUAUUCAAGGUCGAAGCUAAAGAUGUGGGGAAAAUCUUCAAGAUCCGCGUCAGCAAUGAUGACACGGGCAUCGGAGCUGGAUGGUUUCUGGACCGCGUGGAGAUCAAGCGUCUGGUCAUGGCCAUGGUGCCCAAAGAGAAGAAAGAAGACAAGAAGAAGAAGAAGAAGAGUAAGAAGAAGAGUGAGGAUGAUGAUGAGGAGGAGGGUGGAGAGGAGAUGCGGCAGGUGGUGCUCACUUAUUCGUUUCCCUGCGACCGCUGGCUGGCUUCAGAUGAGGAGGAUGGAGAGCUGGUGGUGGAGCUUCUGCCGGAGGAUACAGAGGAGCUGGAGGAGAACACGUAUGAAGUUAACGUGUUCACGGGAAACAUGAUGGGCGCUGGAACGGAUGCUAACGUGUUCAUCAACAUCUACGGGGAAAACGGAGACACCGGCGAGCGGCGCCUCAGAAAGUCCAACCAUAUGAACAAGUUUGAGCGCGGACAGGAGGAUGCGUUCUCCAUCACCGCUGUGGAACUUGGGACUCUGAAAAAGCUGCGGAUUCGUCAUGAUAACAGCGGUCAGUCUGCCUGGUAUCUGGACCGGGUGGAGAUCGUGGACACUAAAGAUGACACCACGUAUUACUUCCCCUGUAAUCGAUGGCUAGCGGUGGAUGAAGAUGACGGUCAGAUUGCACGCGAGCUCGUACCCGUAGACGAGGCUUUCAUGAGGAAAGACGAGGAUGAGGAGGAUUCUGGAGCCACACUGGGACUGGAACAGAAGGCGAUGUCCACAACAUACACGUUGCGGAUCAAGACGGGAGAAAAGAAGCACGCUGGAACAGACGCCAAUGUUUUUGCCAUUCUGUUUGGAGAGAAUGACGACACAGGAAUCAUCAACCUGAAGGCCUCUAAAUCUCACAAAAACAAGUUUGAGAAGGGGAUGAUCGACGUGUUCACUGUGGAGGCCGUAGAUCUCGGAGAACUCCUGAAGCUGAGGAUUGGUCAUGAUGAUGGAGGAGGUUCGUCCGGCUGGUUUCUGGACUGGGUGGAGAUCGACGCUCCUUCUCAAGGACAGAGGCUUCGUUUCCCCUGCGGACGCUGGCUGGAUAGGGGAGAGGAUGAUGGCGCGAUUAUCAGAGAUCUGUAUCCUGCAGAGCUGCAGACAGAACUCUACACACCAUUCGUCCCCUAUGAGAUCAGCACCUUCACUAGCGAUGUGUUCGCGGCGGGGACGGAUGCUAACGUGUUUAUCACUCUGUACGGUCAGAACGGUGUGUGCACGCAGCAGAAAUACCUGUGUGUGAACAAGAGAGAGCGACGGCUGUACUUCGAGAGAGCAGCAGAUGACAUGUUCAUCGUGGAGCUGGAGGAUGUUGGAGACAUCCUGGAAAAGAUCCGCAUAGGGCACGAAAACCAGGGCACGAACCCCGGCUGGCAUCUGGACCGCGUGGAGAUCAGGAGGCUGCUGAGAAAAGGAAAGGGUUCAGAGACGACCAUUUUCCCUUGCGAGCGCUGGCUGGCCAAAUCCGAGGACGAUGGAGAGACGGUGCGAGAGCUGGUGCCGUCAGACAUCAUCACAGAGAAACUGCUGAGAGACGGGACGCUCAAACACAACGAGAUCGAGGUGGAGGACGCUCUGGAGACUCACACAUAUAAGGUGUCUGUGCGGACGGGAGACAUGCACGGAGCUGGAACUGAUGCCAACGUAUUUCUGACUAUUUACGGGGAACUGGGAGACACCGGAGAAAGAAAACUCAGCAAAUCCGAGAGCAGCAAAAACAAGUUUGAGAAAGGAGCAGUGGACAAGUUCAGCAUUGAAGCUGUGGAUCUGGGUCCAGUGUUUAAGAUCCGCAUCCGCCAUGAUAAUUCUCUGGCCGGAGCCGACUGGUACCUGGAUCAGGUGGAGGUGGUGAAUGUGGACACGGACGAGGUUUUCAUGUUCCUGUGUGAACGCUGGCUCUCCAAGAAGAAAGAGGACAUGCGCAUCGAUAGAACUUUCUACGUCAAGGGAUACGAGGGUGAGAGGAAUCCUCUGAACGCCAAGAAGACCCUGCAGAACUCCAAAGCCGGUCUGGACAGCAACAUGAACAAGAAGAAGAAGAAGAAGAAGGCUGUAAUAAUGGAGGAGGGUCCCAUGAUCCCGUACCACUUCACCGUGUCCACAGGAGACGAUCGGGAUGGCAGCACCACCAGUCGGGUUUACGUCAUUAUUAUGGGACCCAAUGAUCUGGAAACCGAGCGACUCUGGCUGGAUCUGCCUGAAGGGAAGAAAUGCUUCGCUGCCGGAGGGAUGGAGCAUUUCAUGUGUUUCGGACUCGACGUGGGCGAGAUCAAGAGAGUUGAGCUGGGUCAUAACGGGGCGACCCCAGAGAGCUGCUGGUUGGUGGAUGAGCUCUCGGUGGGCGUUCCCACUAAAGGCAUUCAGUACAACUUUCUGUGCAAAUGCUGGCUGGCCAAAGACAGAGGAGACGGCCUGACGGCGAGAGUCUUCAACAUACUGGACGCCACCACCAUCAGCAUCAUCCGAAAGGUGGUUUAUGAGGUGACGGUGGUCACAGGAGACACGCAGAGCGCAGGAACAGACACGAAUAUAUUCAUUACCGUGUUCGGGGCCAAUGGAAGCACAGAGGAGAUUCUGCUUGAAAAACAAGAGGACAGGUUUGAAAGAGGUCAAGAAGACACCUUUAGUCUGGAAGUGGACGACAUUGCACCCCUGAAAAAGCUCCGCGUUCGCAUUGACGGCACCGGAAGUCGUCCUGAUUGGUUCCUUGACAAGAUGAUCCUGAGAAACCUGAGCACGGACGAGCUGUACGUCUUCACAUACGAGCAGUGGCUCUCCAAAACUAAAGGACCCAAGAGGACGAAGGUGUGUGAGCUUCCUGCAGUGGUGGAUGAUGAGGAGAUGGUGGAGAAGACCACAUACGUCAUCCAGGUCAAAACCAGUGACGUCACCGGCGGCGGUACAGACGCCAAUGUGUUUCUGAUUGUGUUUGGAGAAAACGGUGACACGGGAACGCUGGCCCUGCGCGAGUGCAGCAACAGGAACAAGUUUGAGCGCAAGCAGACGGAUAUUUUCCGGUUUAAUGACAUUCUCAGUCUGGGAGAACUCUCCAAGGUUCGCGUGUGGCACGACAACAAAGGUCCAGCUCCUGGUUGGCAUCUGGACUCUAUAGAUGUGAAAGACGAACUUCUGGAUCAAACUUUCCGUUUCCCGUGUGACCGCUGGCUGGCCAAAAAUGAAGACGACGGUCAGAUCAUGAGGGAACUGGCCUGUGCCAAUAAUGAUAUCCUGGAUCUUAGUGACAAGACCAAAUAUGAAAUUGAGGUGACGACGGCCAUCUCUGAAGAUGCGGAAACGAAGGAGAAUGCCUGGAUUGUGCUGGAGGGCAGAAAGGGACGCUCAAAAGAGUUUAUGAUGGAAAACCCAAAGAAGAAGAAGUUUUUACGCGGUUCCACGGACUCCUUUGAGUUUUCCUCUAAAAAUGUGGGCGAGAUCGUCGGCAUUUGUCUGGGCCACAUAUCCAAAGAGAAGAAGGUGAAGAAUGAGUAUUUCUGGCACGUGCAGGAGGUGGUGGUCACUGAGACAGAGCUGGGAAACAAAUUCUACUUCACAUGUGACUCUCGAAUCCCUCUGGCUGCCAAAAAAGACCAGUUCAUGACAUUCGAGUGCACCAAAACCGUGGAGAGCUUCGCCAGCAAAGUCCGCAGUUUGGUUCCUGUGAAAUAUGAAGUAAUAAUAAUAACCGGAGACGUGCAGGACGCCGGCACAAACGCCAACGUCUUCAUCACGCUGUACGGUGUCAAUGGGGACUCUGGGAAACGAGCGCUGAAGCAGAAAUUCAGAAACCUGUUUGAGCGCGGCCGGACGGACCGGUUCCUGCUGGAGAUGCUGGAUUUGGGUGAACUUCUGAGGGUCAGAAUGGAGCAUGAUAACACGACCAUGUCGCCUGGCUGGUUCCUGGAGUGUGUGGAGGUCACCAACACUGCCAACUGGGUGACCACCAUCUUUGUCUGCGGGAAGUGGCUGGACAAAAAUAGAGCAGACGGACAAACUUAUCGAGUGCUCUAUCCUAAAUAUUAAAGUGAAAUUUGAAACGUGCAUUUUUUUUUAUCCAGUGAUGUGACCUUAUUCCGGUUGCCCUAAAUAACAGACUAAUAAUCCUUUAGAGGAUCUGGAUUUCAACAGCAGUUGUGUUUAAUGUGUAUGCUAAUGCAGAGAGAUGUGUGUUGAGGCUAGUUUUACACUGACAGAGUGUGUCUGCUUCCCGAACUGUGCUGGCUGUGCCAGAUAUGAGAAAGAUCUACCGCCUAUAGUUAAUGCUGAUGUUCUGGGAAUGAUCAGUUGUCCAGGAUUAAUUGAUUGUAGUGGGCGUGAGGGGCUAUAAUACACCAGUAGGUCCCUCCUCAAAUACUGGCGAGCUAAGCUGUUUAGACUUUGUAGGUAGUCAAUUAUCAAUCUUAAUCCAAAAAUAAAUGUCAUUUAAUUUUUACAGGAUCUUAAGUUGCUUUUGGGAGACACCAGUUUGUACUUUUUUACAGAAAUUCUAAUAAAUGAUCUUUGUACUGAGAA